GUUCUUUUAUUCCGUGAGUCUCAAUUUUGGUGAAACAACGGUUGACGUAAACAUGCUGACAAAAAGGCUGAGUGCGCACCUAAAGUAAGUACAGAAGCCUUGUAAACAGUGGAACAGAUUGCAUGUCCCGCACCUAGCAAGAUCGGAUUCCAUGAUACAAAUCUUUGGAGAUUCGGAUUUAACCAGUGAUAUGGAGAAAAUCGAAAAUUUGGUACAUGAACAGGCCGAGCGCAUAACAAAAGGACCUGAAACGGAGGAACAUCCUGACAUGUUUGACAAUGAACUCGUGUCGAACAGAACUAGUAUAACAAGCACAACUUUCAGUAACUUUAGCCCUAGACAAAGCCUGCUACCAAAAGCCAGAGAAAGCAGCGCUGUUCGGUCUGAUCGAUUGAAUCUACUCAACAUGGGUUUGGGUCGAGGACGAAAGGUUCAGCUACGCUUACAGCAAACCAGCCAAAUCCAUCGAUCCACUGCAGCAAACUCUAAACGUGCACAAAAUUACGAAGGUGGAACAUUUCUGACCGAUGACCCCAUGCUGGAUGACAUGGAACUGACGCUGUUUCCAGAUGAUUCGCUGGAUUACAAAGCCCAGAGAGGAGUGACAGGAGUGUUCGACUACAAAGGAGACAAAGCAUACCAAUACGAACAGACUGGUUUGGGUGUGCUCCGUGACCUUACUUCCACCGAACGGUACGUCCGUUUCGAGCUGCCUUUGAAUCCAGUUGAUCUUGAAGGUCUUGACCCAAUAGAAUACCUGGUCAAGUACUGCCGAAUAUCUGAUGCUCUGGACAUAAUUUACUCCCACAUGUAUACGACGCUCAAAUCAGCCGGUAAGGACAACAGCGAGGGUGUGAUCUGGUCCAUCAAAGAGCGUCUCACAGGUGUUUGGGAGCCGGAACAGUCGGCAGAGUUUCAAGAACUCACCGAACUGGACAAGCGAGGAGAAUUUGAGCUACACGAAUUCAAACCGCUUCUGGGUCUAGCAGAGCGCCUGUAUGGAAUAAAAAAUCUGAAAGUCGUAUGCAGUGAAAUAUGGCCACUUUUGCCGGGUCCAUUGGAACGUGCAGACUUCUAUAAUCUCAAAGAAAAGCUGCAGCACGUUGUAUUACAUCCCAGCUUGCGAAACCUAUUGAUUCGAAUAGAACAAUUGACAAGACUGAUUUCGGAUGAUCUCUUGUGGACUAAUACCGCAAAAAGUGACGGUGCUUCAGCAUGCUGACACAAACUUACUUUGUAUGUGACAUUUUGACUCGUAAUCACACACCGGUACGCGAACGAUUCUUACCUCUUAAAAAACUGUGUACUACGGUAUAAUUCACUUUAUCUUGGUAUAUAAAAUUUAUUUCUGCGGGAUCCAUACACUGCAUAUUCGAUGAAAACGUUUGCCUCAAUGAAAAUACUGUUU